UCAGAAGGCGGAGCUUAGCGUUCGCAUUUUUUCCCAAAGCAGCUUCCCGAGACAUGGCGGCUCCUGGUCCUGUGACUCCGGGGCCACCCUUUGAACCAGCACAGCCGCCAGUCAUUGAGGGCUUUAGCCCCAGUAUCUACCGCACUCAAGAAAGCUUCAAGGAAAAAUUUAUUCGCAAGACCCGCGAGAACCCAAUGGUACCCAUAGGCUGCCUGGGCACGGCGGCCGCCCUCACCUACGGCCUCUACUGCUUCCACCGGGGUCAGAGCCGGCGCUCUCAGCUCAUGAUGCGCACUCGGAUCGCUGCCCAGGGCUUCACGGUCGCAGCCAUCUUGCUGGGUCUGGCUGCAUCUGCUAUGAGGUCUCGAUCCUGAGUCCGAGACCUGGCCUUGAACGGAGAUCAUUCCCGGCCCCAGGAGCAACCACCGGCCCCGCUACCUGACUUAUUCCUUCGUCUCCCCUGACAAGGCCCCUAUCAGCGGGCGAGGAAGUGGCCAAUUGUGUAACUGACAGGUGUUUUUUCGGGAAUCUCGGAUUCGUUUGUUUGGGUGUUGCAUACUUGUAUUUGUGCCCCACUCUCUUCACUUCCUACUUAAUAAACUGAUCCACUUGUA